AGCGCCAAAUUUGAAGUCUCCGCCAUUUUGUUUUUUGGAAAAAGAGCGAAACAAAAUAUAACCAGGAAGACGAGGAGGAUGGCGCCGGGGACUAAGGGUGACCCACUUGAUGUUACCACAUGUUUACCAAGCUCUGAAGGUGAUGCCAUCAAAGUUUUUGUGCGGAUUCGGCCUCCUGUAGAUGGAAGUCUGGGUGGAGGUGAUGGUGAUCAGGGACUAUGCCUCUCUGUGCUGAAUCCGAAGACAAUCCGUCUACACUCUAAACCUGAGCCCAAAACCUUUACCUUUGAUCAUGUGGCAAAUAUGGAUGCAACUCAGGAAUCUGUAUUCUCAAGUGUGGCAAAGAACAUUGUGGAGUCUUGUAUGAAUGGCUACAAUGGAACCAUCUUUGCUUAUGGCCAGACUGGAUCAGGGAAGACAUUCACUAUGCUCGGGCCAUCUGACUCUGACAACUUUACUCAUAACCUCAGAGGCGUUAUUCCUCGGAGUUUUGAAUAUUUGUUUUUUCUAAUCAAUCGGGAAAAAGAAAAGGCUGGUGAUGGGAAAAGCUUUUUAUGUAAAUGCUCAUUUAUUGAAAUCUACAAUGAGCAGAUAUUUGACUUACUGGAAUCUGCAUCAGCGGGCUUAUGUCUCAGAGAGCAUAUUAAGAAGGGGGUCUUUGUUGUGGGAGCCGUGGAACAGGUUGUGACCUCUGCAGCUGAGGCAUAUCAGGUUCUUUCUACUGGUUGGCGAAACAGACGUGUUGCCUCCACUUCAAUGAACAGGGAGUCCUCACGAUCGCAUGCUGUUUUUACAGUUACCAUUGAAUCCAUGGAAAAGAUAAAUAAAAUUGUUAACAUUAGGUCUUCACAACUAAAUCUUGUAGAUCUUGCAGGAUCGGAAAGGCAAAAAGACGCACAUACGGAAGGAGUCAGACUUAAGGAAGCUGGUAGCAUAAAUCGAUCAUUGAGCUGCCUUGGGCAAGUGAUAACUGCUUUGGUAGAUGUGGCCAAUGGUAGACAAAGGCAUAUUUGUUACAGAGACUCCAAGCUGACAUUCUUGCUGCGGGACUCACUUGGAGGAAAUGCAAAAACUUUUAUUAUUGCUAAUGUUCACCCUGGAUCCAAGAGUUUCGGGGAAACUUUAUCAACGCUUCAGUUUGCACAGAGGGCAAAGCUUAUUAAGAACAAGGCUGUAGUUAAUGAAGACACUCAGGGGAAUGUGAGUCAGCUGCAAGCAGAGGUGAAGAAACUAAAGGAACAGCUUUCUCAGCUCCUUUCCGGACAGAUGCCACAGGAUAUUUCAAUUGCCAGGGCUCCUUCUGUUGAUGAAAACUCUGCAGACUAUAUGAAUAACUUUUUAGACGCAAUGUUGCUUCUGGAGAAAUCAGACACAGAAAAAAAGGCACUUUUACAAAAAGUGGCUCAGCUUGAAGAUCUCUGCAACAAAAAAGAGAAGUUCAUCCAGUCCAACAAAAUGAUUGUAAAAUUCAGGGAAGACCACAUUGCUCGACUUGAAAAAGCUAACAAAGAAGGCCGAACUUCAUUAUCAAAUAAUGAACAAGAGGACCUUAUAGCGGAAAUGAAAGAACAGUUGCUUGUUUUAAAGGAACAGAUUGAGCAUCAUCCCCGUGUAGCAAAGUAUGCGCUAGAGAACCAUAGCCUUAGGGAAGAGAAUAAAAGUCUGCGCGCUCUUCAGUCUGUAAAAUGGGCUCAAGAAAUUAACAAUCAGACGAUUGCAAAACUUGAGAAAGCUUUCCUGGAGGCCUCUUCAGCCAUCAAGAACACCGGUGUUUGGCCAUUGCAUUCAACGCCAGUAGCUUCAAAUAAUAAUUUGGCUUCUACUGAAAAGUUGAAGGAGAAAUUGUUGCAACUUCAAAGUGAACUUGCCACUGCAAAACAAGAAUAUGAAGAAUUCAAAGAGCUGACAAAGAAGAAGGACGUUGAGCAAGAGUCAGAACUUCAGUCUUUAUACAAAACCAACCAGCAUCUUGAAAAUAUUUUGGAAGCCAUCAAGGAGCACAAGAGGAAUGAAGUGUCCCAGCUAAACAGAAUGCAUGUAGAGACAAUAAAGAACAUGACAACUCCUACAAGAGCUUACAACUUGAGGUCUCGGCUUGUGCCACGUCUCAGCCCAGAUUGCUUGCAGUCGGACUUGAUGGAUACACCAAAGUCUAGGAAUGAUCUGGAUGAUAUCAUCAAUGAACCCAUCCCUCCCGAAAUGAGUGAGCAAGCCUAUGAAGCUAUAGCUGAAGAGCUAAGAAUAGUACAGGACCAAGUUACAACAUUACAAGCAAAGCUGGAUGAAGAAGAGAGUAAAAACAUCAAGCUCCAGCAACUGCUAAACAAGAUAGAACAUCAUUCAGCACAGAUGCAAGAGCUCUUUACUUCAGAAAGGGCUUCUUGGAAUGCAAAGCAGCAGGAGCUUCUAGAACAGAUUAAGGUCUUAGAAAAACAACAGCAAGACUUUAAGGGUCAUGAGUAUGUUUUAAAGAGCGAGGUUCAUGACCUGCGAGUGGUUCUUCAGUCUGCCGACCGCGAGCUCCAUGGCGUGAAGGUAGAAUACAGCUUGUUUAAAGAAAAGCAGGAGAAAGAAAUGAGCCAGUUGUCUGACCGACACAUUAAUGUUCAGCUGCAGCUGGAUAAUGUCAGGCUGGAACGUGAGACUUUAUUGGAGGAAAAGCGAUCCCUUCAAGAUGCUUUUGACAACCUUGAGGAAGUAAUGAAAUUUGAGAUUGACCAGCUGAAACGAGAGCUUUCUGACAGCAAGCAUGAGAAUGAAACCUAUAAAACUGAACUCUGUAAUCUUCUGGAGCAUUUAGAAACUGAAAAGGAGCACAGACAAAAUCUGAAAUGUCAGCUGGAGGAGGAUAAAGAGAACAAAUCAAAAGAGCUUGUGAAGGUUCUGGAGGAGAAUAUGGCUCUGAAGAAGCAGUGUUCUGAGCUUCUGACAAAGUGUGAACUGCAGGUUGCAGAGCUUCAAACACGAGAAAUUGGUUUAACCUCUUCCAGGGAGACUAUCCUUGAGCUGGAGAAAAAAUGUUCUUCGGAUAAGGAAAUAAUGUCUGACCUUAUGAACCAAAUUCAAGGAAUGAGAACAACCAUCAUGCACAAGACGGAGUCUAUAGAUGUUCUUACACAAGAGCUGGAAGACCUAAAUAGCAAAUACAGUUCUGCAUUAUCAGCUAAAGAAGAAAGCAAAGCGGUUUUAGAAAAGCAAGAAAAAGUAAUUGAAGAGCUAAAGGAGGGUUUGGAAAGGAAGCAAUCAGCUGACAACAUUGAAAGGGAGCUUUUGUGCGAUGACUUGAUUCAUGCAACUGAACAACUUGGGAAGUUAACCGAAGCAUAUAACAAACAGCAGGCUUUGCUUCAAGACCAUAAAGAACAACUGCUCAAAAAGGAGCAAGUAAUUGCAGAACUAAAUAACAAGUUACAACAAGAGAAUGAAAUAGCGGUGAGUGAGGAUGUUAUGCCGCCCAGCAGCAACAAGAGCCCUCCUGCCAUGCUUCUUCAGACACCAAAAACUCCAGUGGGAACCCCAUAUGACUCUGAACGGAUACAUCUUUCAAAUAAAAUUUCAAUAUUGGAACAACUUGUAUCUGAGCUAAAUGAGGAGCGAAUGGCCAAGAACGAAGAAAUAAUCAGACUUAAGACUCAAUUGUGUGAAACAGAAAAUCUGCGUCUGGAAAUCCAGAACAUGCAGGGGCAAUGUAAUGAUUUGCAGCUUCAGCUGGAGAAUAGGAAAAAAGGAGACACUAUUUGCAAUGAAAAUACAAAGUCUGACAUGCUUGAUCUAAAGAAAGAGAUUGAAAAAGAAGUUUCUGAACGAAUGGAGAAGGGUAAGACAACUGAGCAACUUUUGAAGGUCCAGAAAGAGUUAGAAGAGCUAAGAACUAUGCUCAAAAAUAAAGAGCAAUCCAUUACAGAGUUGAACAGGGAACUAGAACGGACACAAGCUUUAGAGUUGAAAGCCUUCCAGGAGAAAGAAGAAAUCCGUUCACUAUUAGAAGCAAAAAAUGAAGAAACUGAGAAGAAGCUGCAGGAGUCAGAAAUGUUAAGGAAGCAGAUUUCAUGUCUUGUGGAAGAAAAUGGAAAGCUGCUUGGACACCAGAAUCCACAACAGAAAAUCCAGUAUAUAGUCAAGCUUAAGAAGGAGAACAACAAACUUUUGGAGGAAGUCAACCGGUUGCGAGCAGAAAUUUCACUGAAAGACAACUGUGCAGACCUUUCUUGAAAGAAGAUCUUUUUAAGGUGAACAGGUGCAUAAAUUCUCCAUAGAAACCAUCUUGCGCCUACAGUUAUACAUUACAAUGUUCAACUCUGCCUUUGAGAAGUUUGUAAUCUAGCAAAAACUGACCUAACAGAUACUCCACUCUACUGUAUUCUUUCAAAAACAAAGGAUUAUUCAUAGACUGGGGUUUUUUUUCCCUUAAAAAAAAAAAAAAAAAAAAGAUACAUAGUUUGAUCAUUAUUAGUUGGGAUUUCACGUAAAAUGUUCUUGAUUAAAAUUUCUCUAAGAACUGAAAUCUACCCUAUUAACUUAGUGGACCUGUAGCCCAUAUAUUUCUCAUUUAUAGAGAAUGGAGAUAGAGGUAUAUAAAACUUACAUAGAAUGGUUGAUAAACACAUUAAUUUAAAAAAGGAACAUAUAAUGUACAGAAUUUAUUAAACCCCAUUUUCAUAAAAAAUUACUUUACAUAAAAAUCCAAUAUAAAUUCUAUUUCUAUUUGGUUUCUAGUUUCAGUAAACUACAAUCACACUUGUAUUUGGUCCUCAAAGUAGUCAAUUUGGAAGGAGCAUUAAAGGGGUACUCGGCCCCUAGACAUCUUAUCCCCUAUCCAAACCCAUUAGCAGAGGAUGGGGGAUGUAAAGGUUUUGCAUUUGUCUAGGGCAGGUCGUUAUAACAAAUACAGCAAAGCUCUAAAAAAUGUUGUUAAAGGUACACACUGCAUCCUUUAAUGUACCUAUCAUUAUAACAAACUUCUGACAUGUCAUAGUGACAUACCAGAAGUUUGUUCAGUGGAGCUGCUGAAACCCCCACCAAUUGCUAGAAUAAAGGGGCAGCCGUGCACUACUGCCCUUCAUUCUAGCAAUUGGUGGGCAUGUCAGUACCCAGACCAUGACUGAUACAAACCUGUGACACGUCACUAUGAUUUGUUAUAAUGAUACAUACACUUUAAAUGGGUUUUCCCAUAAGGAUAAUUUAUAUAUUCACACACAUAUAUAUAAUAUAUAUGUGUGUGUGUGUAUGGAUCUGACCUCUGGGUUUCCCCUGUUUUCAUAGAGCAGCAGUCGUGUAGGUAUGCUGCAACACUAUUCCAAUUCUCCUGGACUGCCGAAGAUGGAGAGGGGGUAAUUUCUCAUUAUGGGAAAGUCCCUUCAAACUCUUAAGUUGAGAGAAACAAACAGACACCCCCCUUAUAUUUGGCUUUAUUUAAAGAAAAAAAAGUCUUAUUACAUUUUGAAAAGCAUAUUGAGCCUUCUUUUUCUACUACAGUUUUUGUACUUUUCUACCUCUUCAUUUCAACAAUGUUUUCCCAAGUCUAAAAAUGGCAGCUCUGACAGAAUGUAGAAAUGUAAAUAUGUACUGUGUGCCCUUUUUCUCUGUAGAAUAUAAAUGUAAAGUGUAUACUUGUCUGUCUGUCUUUCUAUUUUAAUUUGAGUAUGCAUUGUAGGGAUGGGGUGCUUUUAAUCACAUUUUGGCUAUAAUCUGAAUAAUGACGUAAUGGAUCACUCACUAGAGGACUAUAAUAACUUGUAACAUUCCUGCAUAUUUCAAUAAAAAGUAUUACAUAUUUUGAGAUCAGAAAAGUGAAAUCCCAUAUGUUGACUGCACCGUUGAAUAAAUGUUGU